AUAACCCCAAUCAAUCUCACCGGGUCUUGCUGAUUGUCGGGCCGCCGGCCGUCGUUAUUAUACAGUACUCCUGAGCAAAAAAAGAUCUGCAAUGGCGGCCGCUAGAGCGAUGGUAUCGGCGAGCAACACCAUCACGACCUCAAUACUUUCCCGAGGCCCUUUCAGGAGUCAUACCGCUCUAAAUAUCUGCCUCAAGCGCGCGCCGUCGCAGAAGAGGCGGCUCUUCACUUGCAGCGCCAUCUACCGGCCCCAAGUUCAGAUCAAGGAAGAAGGCAAGCCCGAGACCCUCGAUUAUCGCGUCUUCUUUGUUGACAGUUCCGGCAAAAAGGUGUCUCCAUGGCAUGAUAUACCUCUUCACUUGGGUGACGGUAUCUUCAAUUUCAUUGUUGAAAUCCCAAAAGAAUCCAGUGCAAAAAUGGAGGUUGCUACUGAUGAGCAGCACACUCCCAUCAAACAAGAUACCAAAAAAGGGAAACUUAGAUACUACCCGUACAAUAUUCAUUGGAAUUAUGGAUUGCUUCGAGUUUGCACCCUUCUGGGAAGGAAACUUGAUGUUGUUGAGAUUGGUGAAAGACGUGGAAAAAUUGGCGAGGUGCUAAAAGUUAAACCUGUAGCUGCUUUAGCAAUGAUUGAUGAGGGAGAACUUGAUUGGAAGAUUGUUGCAAUUUCACUAGAUGACCCAAGAGCAUCACUUGUUAAUGAUGUUGAGGAUGUUGAGAAACAUUUUCCGGGCACGCUUACGGCAAUCAGGGACUGGUUUAGAGAUUACAAGAUCCCUGAUGGAAAACCUGCUAACAAGUUUGGUCUUGGAAAUAAGCCAGCAAACAAGGACUACGCCCUGAAGGUCAUCACAGAAACCAACGAGUCUUGGGCUAAGCUUGUCAAAAGAUCUAUUCCAUCUUGUGAUCUUUCACUUGUUUAAUUUGCAGGUUUUAGAGUAUAAGAUGUGUAGCUUGUUGACAUUAAUAAAAGCUUGAGUCUUUCAAUCAAGACCUGAUUUUUAUUAUUAUUCUUGCAAUGAAAUUUCUUUUCUUGUUGCAAAUCCGGCAUUCUGUGUUAGCUGCGGAAAACGAACAGAUCGGCUGCAUUUAUUUACGUUAUACGGAGUAGCAUUUUAUCAUUUUUAGGCGUUGGAAUCCGAAAUGAAACGUUGUUUUUAUC